AACAGUCCUGUCAAAAUGGCGCUCAAGGGGCAAGUCGGGCAAAAGAUUAUGAACGAGGUGAUCAAGCAAAAGAAGAAGUCAACAGGUGGGGUAGAAUGGCGAAUCUUGGUAGUGGAUCAACUUGCUAUGAGAAUGGUGUCCGCUUGCUGCAAGAUGCACGAUAUCAGCGCUCAGGGUAUCACCCUGGUGGAGGAUAUCAAUAAGAAACGCGAACCUCUGCCGACGAUGGAAGCCAUUUACCUUAUUACGCCUUGUAAUUCGUCGGUGCAGAAAUUGAUUGACGACUUCAGUAAUCCGACAAGGACCAUUUACAAAGUAGCUCAUGUGUACUUCACAGAAGUAUGCCCGGAGGAGCUGUUCAAUGAAAUCUGCAAGUCUCUUGCUGCUAAAAAGAUCAAAACCCUCAAAGAGAUCAACAUCGCAUUCUUGCCGUACGAAUCGCAGGUCUUCUCGUUGGACUCACGUGAAACUUUCGCUUGCUUUUACAACGCCUCUUUCUUUAAUCUGAGGUCAGCCAAUAUGGAGCGUAUUGCUGAACAAAUUGCAACACUUUGCGCCACACUUGGAGAAUAUCCAUCAGUUAGAUAUCGCAGUGACUUCGAUCGCAAUGUUGAACUCGCUCAAUUGGUGCAACAAAAACUAGAUGCAUACAAGGCUGAUGAACCAACAAUGGGAGAAGGGCCUGAAAAAGCUCGUUCUCAAUUAUUGAUUCUAGAUAGAGGAUUUGAUUGCGUCUCACCUUUACUACAUGAACUUACACUGCAAGCUAUGGCAUAUGAUUUGUUGGACAUUGAUAACGAUGUCUACAGGUUUGAAGUAACAGCAGGUCAAGAAAAAGAAGUAUUGUUGGAUGAAAAUGAUGAUUUAUGGGUCGAACUCAGGCAUCAACAUAUUGCCGUAGUCUCUCAGAAUGUCACUAAAAAUUUGAAAAAGUUUACAGAAUCAAAAAGAAUGCCACAGGGUGAUAAACAAAAUAUGCGAGACUUGUCGCAGAUGAUCAAAAAGAUGCCGCAAUAUCAAAAAGAAUUAAGCAAAUAUGCUACACAUUUACAAUUAGCCGAAGAUUGCAUGAAGCGUUAUCAAGGAAAUGUAGAUAAACUUUGUAAAGUGGAGCAAGACUUAGCCAUGGGUACUGAUGCGGAAGGCGAACGUAUCAAAGAUCAUAUGAGGAAUAUCACACCGAUUUUGCUUGAUCAGACUGUGAAUCAUUUGGAUAAAUUACGUAUCAUAGCUUUAUAUGUCAUCAGCAAAAACGGCAUCACCGAUGAGAAUCUUAAUCGUUUAGUUCACCAUGCCCAAGUAACUGUUGAUGACAAACAGACUAUUGUUAAUAUGGCAAAUCUCGGCAUUAAUGUUGUUGUAGAUAGCAAUCGUAAAAAGUUAUAUACGGUACCACGCAAGGAAAGAAUUACAGAGCAAACUUACCAAAUGAGCCGUUGGACGCCAGUCAUUAAAGACGUUAUGGAGGAUUCCAUCGAGGAUAAACUAGAUUCUAAACAUUUUCCGUUCCUUGCCGGACGUGCAGCUAGUUCAGGAUAUCAUGCACCAACCAGCGCACGAUAUGGACAUUGGCACAAAGACAAAGGUCAACAGACUAUAAAAAAUGUUCCUCGUUUGAUCGUUUUUAUAGUUGGAGGAAUGUGCUUCUCUGAAAUACGAUGUGCAUAUGAAGUUACGAACGCAUUAAAAAAUUGGGAAGUUAUAAUCGGUUCAUCCCAUAUAAUUACACCAAAGUCAUUCCUGAAUGAUUUGAGUAAAGUACACGUCUAAAUGAUUGAUAUUUAACAAAUAGAGAUAACAUUCCUGAAUUCCUAAUUUGCCAUUAGUUUCAAUUCCAUCAGUAAUAUCAUUUAUGAAGCCAUGAAUGAUCUCGAGUAUAAAAUUAGGUUUAUU